AUGGCAAUGAUCAGCGAGCGAUGGACGCGGGUGCGGACGCUAGGCCACGGCGCCUCGGGCGCGGAGGUGUUCCUGGCAGCGGACGACAAGUCCGGAGAGCUGUUCGCGGUCAAGUCGGCGCGCGCGGCCGGCGCCGCGGCGCUCAGGAGGGAACAGGCGAUCAUGGCCGGCCUGCGCUCCCCGCGCGUCGUGUCCUGCGUCGGCGGCCGCGCCGGACGCGAUGGCUCGUACCAGCUCCUCCUCGAGUUCGCGCCCGGCGGCUCGCUCGCCGACGAGGUGGCGAAGAGCGGCGUCUUCGAUGAGCGCGCGAUCCGAGCGUACGCAGCGGACGUCGCAGCCGGGCUGGCCUACCUCCACGAGGAGGCCAUCGUGCACGGGGACGUCAAGGCGAGGAACGUUGUGAUCGGCGCCGACGGUCGCGCCAAGCUUGCGGAUUUCGGGUGCGCGCGGAAGGCGAGCGAGAAUAUCAUUGGCGGCACGCCUGCAUUCAUGGCGCCGGAGGUGGCGCGCGGGGAGGAGCAGGGCCCGGCAGCCGACGUCUGGGCGCUCGGCUGCACUGUCGUGGAGAUGGCCACCGGGCGUGCCCCGUGGAGCGGCAUCGAUGGCGACGCGCUCGCGGCGAUGCAUCGGAUCGGCUACACGAACGCCGUGCCCGAGGUGCCCCAAUGGCUGUCCGCGGAGGCGCAGGAUUUCUUGGCCAGGUGUUUGGUCAGGCAGUCAACUGCACGGUCCACGGCGGCGCAGCUGUUGGAGCACCCUUUCUUGGCCUCUGCCGCCGGCUGUAACGCGAAGCUGGAAGCCGUGGAGGGCAAAUGGGUGUCGCCAAAGAGCACGCUGGACGCGGCAUUGUGGGAGUCGGAGUCCGACUGUGAGGAUGCCGACGAUGAACUGUCGCCCAGCGCAGCCGAGAGGAUCAAGGCAUUGGCCUGCCCUGCCUCGGCGCUUCCAGACUGGGACUCGGAUGAGAGCUGGAUCAACGUGCUCUCUACGUCAACCAAAGCAUCCGAUGAGGUUGUUGUACCGGCCGAGGAGACGACUGACUUGGACGACGCAACCAUUAGCGAAGAACAAGCUGCAGAUUGCGGCAUUCUCGACAGUACCACCAUGGACAACAACGAUAGCAGCGUUCUCGGUGUAGGACAAGCAAACUACGAUUCAGUCGCGCACAGUAUGCCUCAGUGUUUGGAAAUUUCUGUUUGCGACGAAGUAGUUCAAUGUAAAUUAUUGUGCAACAAAAGCAUGAAUGAAACGGAUAUUGUUCGUGCGCAAACACUCUGCUUCGCUCUGUUUAUUUUGCGAAUUUCUCUGCUCCUACUUCCUCUCUGCCCCGAUUUCGACAGGUUCAGUUAG